CUCACGGCAAAAGUAGCGUCUCUGAUUUGAUUGCAUCGAGCAGGUUAACUCCAUCGUACAAGUGUAGAAUCUACACUGUAGAUUCGAUCUGACCGUUCUCAAGUGAUCGGACCGUCUCAAUUUGAGAUCCCGGGGGUUCGACCUCAAUACUAGGCAAAUUUAUCAGAUGGGGGCUCUGCCUCUCUUACCCUGCGCUGCAGGACAAUGGGAUAGCCCCAAUUGUCGAUCUCAUUCCUCAAUCUCCUUCGCAAUGGUCAAGCUGUUCGUUUCCUUUGCAGUGGCCGCCUCUGUCGCCUUCAACUUGGUCUCCGCCGGGGUGACCCAAGUCCACUUGGGCGUGUCCAGCUCCGCCGUCAGCUGUGCCAACGGCAUCGCUGUAUCCUUCGCCACGGACGAUGCUAAGUCGUAUCCCGUUACCGCUACAGCGGACGGCUCGACCAUCACGGCGGACAGUACCUUCGUCAACUACUCGGUGUCGGAGUCCGAGUACAACUACACGUACGCGUCGCCAUACCUACACACAGCUCUACUGUGCGACCUAUUGGAGACGACCAAGUACACGUACACCAUCGGUGACUCGUUCACUAGCUCGUUCAUAUCGCUGUUGCACCCUGGCUCAGACUCUGAGGAGACCAUCCUUGGCGUUAUCGGAGACCCUGGAGACACCACUUCGUCCGAGACGACGUUCGCGGAACAGGCCAAGACGUUCGAGGGCAAACACAUCCAAGCUCUUGUCAUCGCUGGUGACUACUCGUACGCCAAUGGGCAACACUUGCAAUGGGACAACUGGUUCCGUGAGCAACAGAAUCUUACGUCGAUCUACCCGAUCACGGGUAUCAAUGGUAACCACGAGACCAUCACGUCGUCGGGCCAUUUGAACAUGUAUCCGUACCCGGAAGAUAUGGAACUGGAGGCGGAGAACUACCUGGGCUACAUCAAGCGAGUGUACACGCCGAUUACUGACGACGCUAAGACUGCACUGCACACCUGGUAUUCAGUGGACAUUGGUCUUAUCCACUGUGUGUUCCUGGACGACUACACUGGAUCAAGAGGCACCAACACAACCUUGGUGGGCACGGCGGCGUGGCUGGCGGACCGUAACGCGCAGCUUGAGUGGGUAAAAUCGGAUCUGGAGAACGUGGACCGCAAUGUCACCCCAUGGGUGGUUGUCAUCAAGCAUAACCCAUACUACAACACUUGGAGCAAUCACCAGUGUCAGUGCUCGUCCACGAUCUUCGAGAUCGACGAUACCGACGUCGAGAAGUGCUGGAAUGGCACGUAUUAUUCGGGAACUGUGUACUCGGAGCCACAAUGCGGUCAGAUGGCCAAGUGGGAGGAGGUUUUCUCGGCUAACGGCGUGAACGCCAUGAUCACGGGCCACGUGCACGCGUACGAACGCACCGCCAAGAUCUACAAGAACAAGGAGGACGCCACGAACGGUAUUUACCACGUCACUACUGGAUCUGGCGGUAACUAUGAGGGUCACGCUGGUCCUCGUAUCUCCUCGUCGCUGAUCCCGAGUUGGUCGUUGGCAUCCAACAACGUCACGUUCGGAGGCUCCCGUAUCAUCGCCACGCGCGAAUCGUUCCGCUUCUUGUGGUUCGCUAACGACAUCAGCACCGCUGAAGCUGUCCCCACUGAUGGCUUCACUAUCUUCGCCAACGGCUCGGACAUCACGACGUGGCCGCAGACCAACGCAACCUCGUCGAACAGCACCGACUCCACUUCCUCGAACACGAUAACGACUGCACCGGAUACCGACAUUGUCACCGAGGAACCAGAGGUGCAGGGUGGCCACUGCUAAGACGCAAACUGUGUUAACCCAUCAAUAUGAUUGAAGCGUGUUAGCUGCCACUAUCCAUUGCGUGAA